UUUUUUUAGCUAUGUCUUGUAGUGAACAAAUGAUGUUUUAAAUGUGGUGCUUUGGCUAGUGCUCAUCUGAUCAAAGCUCUGCUGGCAGCAAACCCACAGCUCGAUGGGAACACUGUCAGACUCAGCAGGGCUGUGUUGGCUACCCCUCCUCAGGUGGCUGUUCCUGGCCAUGGUGCUGCAGUGCCAGGAUGAGAUGGGAGCAGUUGUUCUCUCCUCCACUUGGGCCUCUGUGUAUUCCAUUUAUUGCAGGCAGUAUGUACAGUGACUGGAAUAUGUGAAAAUGCACUUACAAAAAUGUGGGAGAAGUGAAUUUUCUCAUGAAAUGUAGGAACUGAGUGUUAUAAAUGACACCUGUAAACUUGAAUCAAAAAAAAUUUGGUGUGUUUGGGUGAACAGUUCAUUGAGUGGAUUGUUACAAGCUUUCUCUUCCAUCUGUACAGAUUGGUGUGUUCAUAAGAUGCUGAUAGAAAACUUCCAGCAGAUUUAUUUAAAUUGACAGGAUGGUUGUAGAGUUCCACAGCACUGUCACAAAGUGGGUGGAAAGUAAGUUACAAUGGUCAUGAAUAUUUUCUAUGUGAAAAACGUCUUUGUAUGUGAUAAUUAAACAGAAGUAUGGAGAGAAUAGUGUAUUGAACAGGAACAUCAUUCUGAUGUUACAUGCUCUUGCAUGAUGAAAAUGGUAAAAUUUUCAUUUUACCAUUUUUCAUUGCUUACCUGGAGCCAGAAUAAGGAGAAAAUAAGAACUACUGUGUUUAUUCACACAUGCAUCAUUCCCUGAGUUUCAGGCUCUGCUUUAAGUGGCACUACAGAAAAAAUGCAAAGAAGGCAACAGCAGAGGCAGAAGAUACUCUUACUCCUCUGAUACAGAUGAAUUAAUUUUGGUCUUUUUUUUUAAUAAUGUGGCAGAAGCUAAUAGCAAAAAACUUACUGCCCCACUCAGUGUGUCCCUGAGAACUCCUGGUUGCACAGGUAAUUUGCAUGAAGAUGCCAUAUCUUCAACAUCAUCUUCAACUCUGCAGAGGGUCAUUAGGCAUUGGAAGGGGCUGCCCAGACAGGUUUGGAGUUCCCCUUCCUGGAGGUGUUCAAGGAAUGACCAGAUGUGGCACUCAGUGCUUUGGGCUGGGUGACAAGAUGGGGGUUUGGUCACAGGUUAGACUCAAUGGUCUUGAAGGUUUUUUCCAGCCUGAGUGAUUCUGGAAUUCUGCACAGCUCACAGAGGUGCCACUGCAGACACUGUUUGCAGAGAACUUGGACGUGCUGGUUCCUACCACCUCCAAUGCAAGAAAAUUUCUGAAAAGGAUUGAGGGUUUUCUCUAAAUGCUUAGUGUUCAGAAUUCAGUAGAAAACUUUGUUCUGAUGAGAGCUAACCCAGGACACCAGAAGAUGCAAUAUGCUGGUACAAGCAUCUGGUAUCUCUUUAGGGCUGUCAGUAGGGGUUAGUUCCCCUUGCUAUUUUGUGGUGAAAGCUUUGAUGAGAAAGGAAAGUGAGAGGACUCUUAAAAAUGGCAAUAUGUGUCUCUUUUGGGUGAUUGUGUGCUAUGAGAAGAGGGCAGGAUCUCUCAAGAGACCGCAGCACUGGGUAUGUACACUUGCAAAUUAUAUAUAACCAUUUCUGCUCACCAGAGAAUCAAUAGGAGAAAAUGGUUUGAGAAAGGCAGAGUGGGUACCUCAGCUGUUUUACUUUUCCCCUUUAUGCAGGUAAAUGGUCAAGCUCUCCCUGGGCACUGUUUGUUUAACAACUAAAAAGAAAGCACUUUGUGUCACUCCAAAGAGUAAAUAUCUGAAGUUAUGGAUUAACUAAGUUCCAGCAGAGCUCAUGGAGGAGGAACAGAUCACACUGAUUCCCACUGAAUAAAGCACUGACUCCAGCUGCAGGAUGUGGAAGCUCCUCUCUGUGGGUCUGCUGCUGGCUGCCUGCUCUUCCUGGGGCUGCUGCACCUCAAUAUUUUACAGCAGUAAAGAUGCCAACCAAGUCCUGAGAAUCCAGAAGCGGGCAAACACUUUUUUCCUGGAGGAGCUCAAGCCAGGCUCUUUGGAGCGUGAGUGCAUUGAAGAGCGCUGUGACUUUGAGGAGGCCAGUGAGAUAUUUGAAACCAGGGAAAAAACACAAAAUUUUUGGAACAAGUAUGUAGAUGGAGAUCAGUGUGAACCAGAUCCUUGUUCCAACGGGACCUGCAAGGACAGUAUUGGAGAAUUUUCCUGCAUCUGUAACAAAGGCUGGGAGGGGAUUUUGUGCAGUUAUGAGGUCAAAUACAGCAACUGUUCCGUGGACAAUGGGGGCUGUGAACAUUUCUGCAGGGAGGACCCUGCCAAGGAGCAUCGCUUGUGCAGCUGUGCUUCAGGGUAUCAGCUCAGGGAUGACCACACCACGUGUGAGCCUGUAGUGGAGUUCCCCUGUGGAAGAGUGAAGUCAGACUACCUUGAAGCCAAAGCAGACUUCAAUAUUCGGCUCAUUGAUGGAACAGUUGGAAGAAGGGGAGGCAGCCCUUGGCAGAUUAUGCUGCAAAAUACCAAAGGGAUGUUUCUGUGUGGGGGUGUUCUCAUCCAUCCAGCUUGGGUCCUAACAGCAGCACACUGCCUUGAGGAAUACAAGGGGUUCAAAGUUAAACUUGGUAAAUUCCGUUUCCGUCCUGAGGCAGAUGAGCAAACCAUUUGGAUUGAUAAAUGGGUGACCCACGAAAAUUACACCAAGACGACCUCAGAUAAUGACAUAGCCUUGCUGCACUUGGCUGAGCAUGUGGCGUAUUACAAAUACGCGCUCCCAAUCUGCCUUCCCACCCGCAACCUGGCAGAGCAGGAGCUGAUGAGGAGUGGGAAGAAGGCAGUGGUGACGGGCUGGGGCACCAUGAGCGAGCGUAACCUCACCUACGCUGCUUUCCUCAGAAAGAAAAAGGAAAACUGUCUCUGCUGUAGUGAUGCAUUUCCAACAUCUCGAUGGGCUUGGAUGCAUGUUUGGAUCAGUGAAGAACUUCACUCUGCUCUUGUGACGAGAUUGUUAAACAAAAAACUCUCAGGAAGCAGAGGGGUACGUGCUGCCGAAUCCUGGUAAAUCAUUCAGCGUGGGAAGGUAAUGCCAAGAAAUCCAAACUUCUGUCUUGUACCUGUGACUCCCAGGUACGUGGUGGUUGGUGCCCGGCUGGGGUUGGCGUGGAUGAUCUUAUUUGCCAAGACCAUCAGGAAUUGCACAGUGGCUGCUGGGACUGCUGGAGCUCAUGGCUGGUUGUGCAUCUGCCCUUGGCACAAGAGCCAGCACAGCGAGGACUGGGCUGUGGCUGGGGGUGGCACCUGCUCCUCUGGAGUCUGGCCCCUGCACUCCUGUGCUCCCCAUGGCUUUUCCAUAGGGACUCUGGCUCAGACCCUGCACCGCAGCUGGGCUGGCUCAGCCUCUGCCUGUGGGAAUUCCUGCUGGGGUGGCUUGGAGAACAAGGGACACGAGGUCAGAAUGAACUGGGGAGAUUCUGAUUUCUUCAUCCCUGCUCUUGUCCUCUUGCUUCUACUUCAUCUUUGUUGCUGGCUGGUUUCAUGACAACAGACUAAUUUGAUUCUUCUUUUCCCUCUGAAGGAAGUCAGAGUGUUCUGAAAGCUCACUGACAUGGAGAGCAGCUCCUUACUUGGGAUAUUUCUCUUGCUGAUGGGCUAUAUCAACAGCAGCUGCAUGUUUUCAUAUUCAGGUAGUACUUCUGAGUUACCUUUUUAAUUUGUGUUACAGUGGCAAUUUCAGCAGUUGAAUUGAAACUACAUUCCUGUUCUGCACACAAAGUCCUGUGGGUUGAAGAAACACUUUCUGAAAUGCACAAGAAAAAACUACUAUUUAUAUAUAUUGAAGAGAAAUCUAUAGCUUAGCUUUCUACUUAGCCCAUUCUCCUGUUGAAAAAUAUUCUCCUUGUGAUAUUGAAUCCAAAAUCAUAAUGAUUUUUGCAUGGCAAAGACUUCCAAUUUGGGAAGCUAAAAUGAGAUGCUCUCAGCCUGUGUUCUUGGACCUUUUGUGUUGACUGAACCACACAAGGUUUGGAAGUGGUUUCAGAGAGCUGUAGAACAGGCACAGGAGUGUACAGGAUCUUGGGGAUCAUUGUGGCUGUCCUUGCAGAGGAAGAAGAGCAGAGCUGGCAGUGUAUCUACACACCAGAAGGCUCACCACAGGCAUCUCCUCUGUGUGGGACACCUACUUAAGAGUAGGUAAAUCCUCUGAGGUGACUCCAGAACACAAGGGGUGGUGAAGGGAAAUUUCACUCAUGUACAUGAAAGACAUUUUCUCUGUUACCAGACAGCAGGAUCUGUCCAAAGCCUUUCUCCAUUAAGAAUUUUUGUGGGCUGUUAUUAAUUGCCUAGAAAUGAGGCAAUUUAAUAUAAUUCUAGAAUUUCAGGCAUUGCUGUAGAUAUUGUUCCUGCAACUACAAAGAAACGUGUGUUUUCACAGUCCGUCUCAAAACUGGGUUCUUUGUCCAAGGGCACUGCCCCAUGACUUGGAAAAUGGAGCAGUGUUAAGUGCAUUGCUAUGUGGAUUUUUGUGUGCUUUGUGGGAAUUACAGCCUAAGCUUUCACCUUAGAACACUGGUAGCAGCAACUUCUCCCAGCAUCUGCUGGAUCGGCUUUGGCUAUUGGGCUACACUUCUGAGAUGUAACAAAAAGGCAAAAACCUUCAGAAGCAGCAGGGGGUGUAUGGGCAGGACCUUACUGCCAUAUUGCCUCUUUCAGCCAUUCCUCCCAUAGUUUUCUGGCAGCAGUAGCUUCAGGCAUCACAGGAGGAGGGCAGGUUGUACAGUGAAGUGAAGCUGAGAUGAACUAAAACUGACAUGUCAAUAUUUCUCUUCAUGGAGGAUUGGUGUCUGUCCUGUUGUGGCCAUGGUAGCACCUGGAAAACUCUGGGUCUCCAUUACCAAAUAUCAAACUAAUAAUUGCUGGGAGUCAAGAUGGUUAAGCAGAAAAAUAUAGCCGUCCUCCACAGAAGAAGCUGCAAUUCUCAAGAGUCUUGUGGAAUAAAAAUUUAUUUCUGCACUUA